AACCAGAACCAAAACUAAAAAACAAUCUAAAUAAAUAUUUAAAUAAUUUGAACAUUUGGCUAAAGUGCGAACUCGAAAAUUCUUGCCACCCCCCAAAUGGACCAGCUCAAAAACUUGCUAAAAAUAAAUGUUUUUAACGUGUUUAUUUAUACAAAUAUAUAUUUUUUUUAACAUUCUUUACAUACCGAAUUCUAAAAGGAUUUUCAAUUCAAAUAGUUAAAAGAAAAUAAACAGUUUUUUUUUUGUUUUUCUUAAGUGCUGAAGUGCAGUGUUCUAACAAAUUUUGACGUAAUAGCAAAUCACAGUUUUCAUUGCAUGUGAAAAAUCGCUGAAGGAACAUGGAGAACUGAACACGAGCACUCGAGACGAACCGACAUCCCAACACAAAAAAGAUGAAAGCAGGUUUGCUUAAUUCGAUGAAUGCAAUCAUAAAAACAACAAUCGCAACAACAGCAACACAAAUACAAUAUAAAUAAAAAGCAGACACAGUUGAGCAGACAGACAGCAUUUUGUGACGCCGAAUUCUUGAGGUGAUUGACACGAUUGGCCCAAGCUUGGACAUGAACACCAGCUACACAUGGCCAGGAGCAACGAUCACAGUCUGUUAAUAGAAGUGCAGGAAGUGUCAACGGCAGUCACGAAAACGUUGACCGCCGCAGCGGCAUCCAAAAUGGAUAAUAAUACCGCAUACUCCUACGAUAUAUCCGCAACGGACGUGCUCUAUCAAUGGAGCGCAGCGGCCAGUGGUGCACGAAUUGCCGCCCAAUCGGAUACAUCCAGCCCGCUGCCCACAGCUGUGGCAGUGGUGGCCUCAGCAGCCGCAGCAGCGGUGGGGCGUGUGCCAGAGCUGGUUGGUACAAUGCUGGAGGCACGCCCCUCAUCGGUCACCAUGAACGACACCCAUUUCCUGCAGGUCGACUAUGCGACCAGUAUAAAUGACAGCCUCGACUAUGCCUCCUAUCAGCAGCAGCUGGACAGCAGUGAGUGCCGCCAAGCGGAUGGCAAUAUGAGCUAUUGGAAUCUGACCUGCGAUUCGCCGCUGAACUACGCAUUGCCGCUAUACGGCUACUGUAUGCCCUUUCUGCUAUUCAUGACCAUUAUAUCCAAUUCACUGAUUGUGCUUGUGCUCAGCAAGAAGAGUAUGGCAACGCCCACCAACUUUGUGUUAAUGGGCAUGGCGAUAUGCGAUCUGCUGACGGUUGUAUUUCCUGCGCCCGGACUUUGGUAUAUGUACACAUUUGGCAAUCAUUACAAGCCCAUGCAUCCGGUCUCCAUGUGCCUGGCCUACAGCAUUUUCAAUGAGAUUAUGCCAGCCAUGUGCCACACCAUCUCCGUUUGGCUGACUUUGGCCCUAGCCGUACAAAGGUACAUUUACGUGUGUCAUGCCCCAAUGGCACGGACCUGGUGCACAAUGCCGCGCGUGAGGCGUUGCACCUUCUAUAUUGCGCUGCUGGCGUUUCUGCAUCAGUUGCCACGCUUCUUCGAUCGCACCUAUUUGCCCAUGCAGAUCGAGUGGAAUGGCAACGAGACGGAGGUAUGCCAUUUGGAGACAUCGCUGUGGGUGCACGAGUACAUUGGCGUGAAUCUCUACUAUACCAGCUAUUAUUUGUUCCGUGUGCUAUUUGUGAAUCUGCUGCCGUGCAUCAUUCUGGUCACGCUCAACAUUCUGCUGUUUGCGGCAUUGAGGCAGGCGCAGGAGCGACGCAAGCUGCUGUUUCGCGAGAACCGCAAAAAGGAGUGCAAAAAGCUGAGGGACUCCAACUGUACCACAUUGAUGCUAAUUGUGGUCGUGUCGGUGUUUCUCAUUGCCGAGAUACCCAUUGCGGUCGUCACAUCCAUGCACAUUGUCAGCUCGCUGAUCAUUGAAUUUUUGGACUAUGGCAUUGCCAACAUAUUUAUAAUGCUGACCAAUUUCUUUCUGGUGCUCAGCUAUCCGAUUAACUUUGGCAUCUACUGCGGCAUGUCGCGUCAAUUCCGUGAGACAUUCAAGGAGAUAUUUAUGGGUCGCAUCGCUGGCAAGAAGGACAGCUCGUCCAAGUACUCGAUCGUGAAUGGCCCACGCACCUGCACCAACACCAAUGAGACUGUCCUCUAGUAA